AUGGCUACGAGGAAUUUGUUAUUUCAAGUCCAUCAUGGUGGGAUAAUUGAUAGGCGGCAAAAUGGGGAAUAUGUUGGGGGUAAGACUGAUGUGUACCAUGAACCAUAUGAUGAGGAUCAGCUAUCAUGGAUUGAGAUACAGACGAUUAUGGCCAAGUAUGGUUACCAUCCAGGUGACCUAGUCUACUAUAGACACCCUAGCUUAGGGAUGCACAAUGGUCUUAAAUUGCUUACAUCUGACCAUGAUGUGCUGUCUAUGGUGGCUGCGCUUCAGGAUCAACAAGUGGCUCAUUUGUAUCUUGUAUCUCAUUCUCAAACUUCAGUGCACCAGUCUUCUUUGCAUGAUCAUCAUGUCGAGGAGGAUGUGAGUGAGGAUGAGGAGGAAGCAGAAGCACGUCGCCUUGGACUUAAUGAUCCAUUUUGGAAAGAAGUGUUGAGUAGUGAGGAUGAGUUGUAUGACAUUGAUGUCGAUACAGUGGGAACAUCGAGGUCAAAGCCUGCACAACCAAGGAGUAAAGGUGUUGAGUCUCAAGUGACAGUUGAUGAUAAAGAGCCACAAUCUUCCUCAGAUGCUGAGGAUGAGGAGGAUGAAAGGAGGAAUCAAGACAGAAGUGGUCCAAGGUGGCCAGAGGAGGAUGACAUAGCUGUUGACUUGGAGAAGCCAAAAAUAUCUGUUGGAAUGAAGUUUGGAUCUACAGCACAGUUUAGAGAGACAAUAAGGAGGUUGAACCUAAAUAUAGGUAAAUCGAUAAAAUUUGCAAAGAAUGAUGGGGAUAGGGUUACUGUUGUCUGCAAUACCCCUAAAUGUCCUUACCGGGUUUAUGGGUCUUGGAUUAGAGGGCAACAAACUUUCCAGAUAAAGUCUAUGAACCCAAGACAUGAUUGUAGUAGGAGUUAUAAGAACCUCAUUGUCACAUCAUCUUGGAUUGCAGAUAAGAUGAUGCCACUGUUUAUAAGCCAACCUAAUGUGCCUAUCAAAGCACUUGUUGAUGAGAUUAAGAGAAAGUGGGGAGUGGAAGUUCCUAAAAUGAAGUUGUAUCGUGCUCGAGCGAAGGCUCAAUUUACCAUAUUUGGCAGCCAUAUAGAACAGUAUGCCAAGGUAUGGGACUAUUGUGAGACCCUGAAACAAAGGAACCAAGGUAGUUGUUUGUUAGUUAGGGUGGAACGAAUAGCUCCUGAGUUACCUCCUAUUUUUCAAAAGAUGUACGUAGGAUUGGCAGCCUGUAGAAAGAGUUUUAAGGCUGGUUGUAGACCAUUGAUUGGUUUGGACGGUUGUUUCUUAAAAGGACCAUUUAAGGGGCAGCUCCUAUGUGCUGUUGGUAGGGAUGCAAAUGAUAACAUGUACCCAAUUGCAAUGGCCAUUGUGGAGGCAGAGUUAAAGGAUAGUUGGGGAUGGUUUAUUGAGACACUUAUAUCCGAUCUUGGACAGCAACCUGAAGGCGGGUGGACAUUUAUCAGUGACAGACAAAAGGGUUUAAAACCAGCAAUGGAGGAGUUGGUGCCUUACAAUGACAGCCGUAUUUGUGUCAGGCAUUUAUAUGCCAAUUUUCGAGAUGCUGGCCACAGGGGUGUGGCUUUAAAGGAGAAAUUGUGGCAGGCAGCUACAGCAUACACAAAGAGGGACUUUGAGAGAGCUAUGGAGGAACUGAAAGCCCUCAGUCAGCCUGCAUAUGACUACCUAAAGGUUAUAGACCCAUCACAAUGGUCUAGAGCAUGGUUUAACACAUUUUCAAAGUCUGACUUGGUAGUGAAUAAUCUUAGUGAAUGUUUCAACGCGUAUAUUCUGCAAGCACGUGAUAAGCCAAUUGUGACUAUGGUGGAGACCAUACGGAAGAAACUGAUGGGACGAUAUCAGUUGAAAAGGGAAGCAAUUAGUAAAUGGGAGAAUACAAUCACGCCUCGGAUAGUUGCAAAGCUUGAACUUAUGCAUGAUUUGUCCAUCUAUUGUACUCCAACGUAUGCAGGAUGUGGUCAGUUUGAAGUUAACAAUGCUGGUAGGCAAUAUGUGGUUGAUUUGAAAAAGAGGACCUGUUCAUGUUUGAGAUGGGACAUCACAGGAAACAACCCGGGAGGCCAAAGAAACAUCGAAGAAGAAAUGAGGACGAUCGACAAGGAGCAAACAAGUUGA